AUACGAGAUAGCUAAAAUUGGAGCCUGUCAAAGAAAAUAUGUUUCGAAUAAAAUAUUGUCAUAGAUUUGUCCGGUUUUGCCAUAGAGCACCACGAAUUUAUAUUUUAGCGAGUGCGUUGGUGAUUGUUUUAUUCGCUUUAUAUCAGAUGUGCGGAUUUCAAAUUUGCAAUGCCAAAUAUCAGUUAGGAAAAAGAUCUCUAGCUGUUUCUCAGCAUCAAUUUCAAAAUGUAAAGAAUUUCAAUUCAGCUUGCAGUCAUACUGCUGAUAUGAGAGGCCCUCAUCAAAAAAUCAUUGCAUAUUCCAUUUACGGAGACUUCUCGCGAAAGGACAUUGUUCAUAAAUAUUUGAAGCCCUUCAGAGAGACUCUCAGUAAGAUUCCCUACAUCUACCCCGGUUGGACUGUAAGGAUUUAUCACAACUUGACAACCAACGACGACGAGUCUUGGGAAAUCCUGAAGAACACCUUGGACUUGGGCGGAAGCCACGUCGAUUUGUGCAAUGCGACAGAAAUUAUCAAGCAGCGAAAUUUGGCCGAUAUAUUUGCCAUGACCUGGCGCUGGUUACCUUUGCUGGAUGACAUGGUGGACACGCUAAUGUCGAGGGACUCGGACAGUCAAAUAAUACCUCGUGAACAGGAUGCCGUUAAUGAAUGGCUAGCCAGCGACAGAAUUUUCCAUAUAAUGAGAGACCAUCAUUGGCACUGCCGAUUUAUUGUUGGGUGUUGUUGGGGAGUCAAAGUCAGCCAGGAUCGUUCCUUAAUUGUUGGCGCCGCAAGGAAAAUGUUUACCGAAAAUCAUUUGCACGAAUACGACUACGACCAGAAACUGUUAGAUAGGCUCAUUUGGCCGGUAGCUACUACUAAUAUGAUGGCUCACGAUAGCUAUUGCUGUAAAGUUAUCCCAGAGCCGAGUCAACCGUACCCGACGAGGAGAAAAAAUGGGCUAUUCAUCGGAUAUAGGGCAGUACCUGAAGAAGAGCUCCAAUAUCCAUGCCCGAAAGAAUGUCGUCCAACAACUGAUGAUGGUUUUUCAGAAUGGAAUUUUUGCUAAACUUGGCUUGUUACAAAUCUGAAUUGACGCUGGUUGGCGCAGAUAUUUUUGCCUUAUAAGCCGAAUGACACACGGAUGGUCCCGUUGCAGUUGAUUCUUGUUGGCAUACUCUGAAAAUCCAAUUCAUAUAGCAAUUACAAAUCUGCAGGUCAAGCUGAAUAAGGUGAAACUUGGUUAGCCCUACCUUCAGUAAAAUCGGCAGGUGAGAAAUAUUUGUCUCUUGAUUUCUUUGCCCAUUUUUUGCCGUACGUUUCUUCCAUCAAAUUGUAAUUCGGAUGAGGCACAUUCUCAUCUCCGCCAGACUUUUGCUGCAGCGAAGGAGACUCACGAGAUAACUGUCCCAAUAACAUUUUAACGUGCACCAGGAAACAAUAUAUUAAUAAAUAUAAUGUUUCGUCCAUCAAUUAUUAGGUACUGCACUGUUAAUAAUUCCUCACAUUUUCGAGACGUACAGUCUUUGGAAACCGGGCACCUGCUGGAAACGUAAAUUAUAGUCUACGAAAAUCGAGACGUGAUUUACGUCUCGCCACUUAUUGUGAGUAGGCCUAAUAAUCAUCGAUUCAUCGAUUCUCAAAUAAAAAUUAGACUUCGAUAGCAAUUGAAUACGGAUCUCCUGCUUCGCAGUCUGAUGCUGGUACGCUGUGCCAAACUAUUCUGCAAUAUCAUCCUUACCUUUUCGAUACGUUAUUAUGCUACUUUUUGAAGUAGACAAAAGGAAGGGAAAAAGUAGGAAACAAGAAAUUAAGAGUGUACAUUUUCGGUCGAGAAUUGCUAUUGAAAAUCGAAGGUUGAAACCACCGAAGCGGAGCACCUACCGAUUUUUUAUACCAAGUAACAAUUUUCGGUAAUAUCAAUUUACUCAGAAACGAAACCUUUCUUAACAUGUGGACUUACUUGUUUUGGCUGGUGUGGUGGCUGAGGCGAAACGAUUUUUAUUGGAUUUUCUGCUGCAUAAAAUGAGUCGACCACGACAAGGCUGAAGAUGUGACGAGGACGAACAAGAGCAAAGCAAGAAACAACAGCCGAGAAAGCGACGAAGGAAAACGAAGAACAGCGCGCGAAUGGGAAAAAGUCGCAUCAUCCUCCUUUCACGUAAUAGGUAGCCUAAUAGCUACAACACGUAUGACAGUAUGACAUAUAGUUAACGUUGGUAAUACCACACACUGACGGCUGGUUCGUUUACACUCAAGUCUGUCCUUCUUUUCCCUGUAUACAAUCGCCCGGGCUGUUCAAUAUUUUUUAGCUGUGCUCACGAAAAAUCAUGAUGGCGGUGAAUAGCCGAAGGUUAAAGCCUCGAUGUUCUGUAGGCCUAUAGGGCGUUGUUAUUUUACUGAGCUCAUUAUUCUCAUUGGUUAUCAGAAUAUAAACGAAGCCCCACACGAAUAAAAGUAUUUUCAUUUGUAACAC